CCGGCAUUACCGGUUUCUGGAUAGAUUAUCGCUCUCCUUCGGAUCGAAUCAUGCGCAGAGAAUAAGCCUGGGGCAUUGAACGGGCUACCUUUUAUAUAUAUAUAUAUAUAUACCUUACAGGCGUACACAGACAAUGUCGGGCAAGCGUCUAUUGGACGUCAUUCAAUUGUGCAAUGUCGCCGGGACAGUGGCCGCGAGGCAUCUCGCCAUCCGCCAGCGCCAGGUAGAUCUAUACACCCGCACUUCCUCCCUCACCAAGGGCAUCAAGAGCCACGUCGAUGGCCUGUGUCUCUCGGCGCAAGCUGCAGCUGCACUAGCCAGGCGAUUUAAUGAGCCCGACCCCGAGCCCUACCGUCCGUCCGAGUCAGCACCCACGACCGCAUCAAGCUACACGGAGCCGACCCCGACCACUACGACCAGCAGUGCGACAUCCGAUCUCUCCCCCGCUCAGGCGCGGCAGGCGCAAAGACAGGCGGAAGCUCAGAUCCCUUCGAGGGUGGCGGACCACAAUGGGGGCGGGCAGGCUAGUCCUUUGGAUGUCAGUCAACAACAGGAUGUGUUCUACGAGCCUCCCAAGCACUCCACAGCGGGUGACUCGGGGCUUCCCCGGAUGAAGUUGCCCAAGGCAGCGAACGACACACAAAUCGGGGCCGAUCGCGAUAUCAAUGCGGAUGUGUUCCAAUCCUCGGUGAAGACUGCCCCGGUGGAUCAGUCGGCAACCAACAAUACGGCCGACCCGAGCGAAAUUCCGGAGGAGAUGAUGAAGGAUAUUUUCCACAGUCCCAGAGUCGCAAGGAUGAUGUCUCGGAAGCCGGCUGCGGAUAUGCGGUACAAGCAGGCGGGCGCGGUGCCUCGGGCAGAGCAUGCAAAGCAAAUCGAACAGGAGACAGAAGAAGCCCGUGCUGUGGGCGAGAUGGUCGCGGAAGCGGCAGCGGCGACAGAGCCAGAAACGGCUGUCGCCCUGAAGAACCAGAACACAUACAAGAUGGUCGAGUCCCGCGUCCCGUCAUCCCGCAUCGGGAGAUUAUGGCAAUACGGCGGACUGGCCACUUCAAUGGCGUGGGGUGCCAUGGGCGAGGGUCUUCGCAGGGUCACAGGCAGUCAAGCCGAAUCAUCCGGGUCGCUCAUGUUCAGCGCUGCGAACACGGAGCGGCUCGUAGCUAAAUUGUCCAAGAUGCGCGGAGCUGCCCUCAAGUUAGGACAGAUGAUGAGUAUUCAAGACACAAAGAUGCUUCCUGAAGCUAUCCAUCAAGUCCUCCAACGAGUCCAAGACCGAGCAGACUACAUGCCUGCCUCGCAACGCGAUAAGGUGCUGACUGACAAUCUUGGCCCGGACUGGCGCGAUCUAUUCUCUUCCUUCGACGAUAUCCCCAUGGCCGCUGCCUCGAUCGGCCAAGUGCACAGUGCCGUUCUGAAACGUACCGGCCAGCCCGUGGCCGUCAAGAUCCAAUACCCCGGGGUCGUCGACUCCAUCGACUCCGACCUCAACAACCUCUCCAUCCUCCUCACGGCAUCCCGCCUCCUCCCCCGAGGCCUCUACCUCGACAAGACCAUCGAGAACGCUCGCACCGAACUCGCCUGGGAGUGCGACUACAUCCGCGAAGCCGAAUCGGCGAACCGCUUCCGCGAACUCCUCCGCGACGACCCCGUCUUCCUCGUCCCCGAGAUCAUCCCCGAAGCGUCCGGCAAGCAGGUGCUCACCAUGGAGCGCCUGGAGGGCAUCGCCGUGACCAAGAUCCAGGACUUCACGCAGGCCCAGCGCGACUGGAUCGGCACGCAGAUCAUGCGCCUCUGCCUGCGGGAGAUCACCGAGUUCCGGUACAUGCAGACGGACCCCAACUGGACCAACUUCCUCUACAACGCGCGCACCGACCGCCUCGAGCUGCUGGACUUUGGCGCCUCGCGCGCCUACCCGACCGAGUUCAUCACCAAGUACGUCCGCACCCUCGUCGCUGCCUCCAGCAACGACCGCGACGCCUGCCGCCGCUUCUCCCUCGAGCUGGGCUACCUGACCGGCCACGAGAGCCAGGCCAUGGUCGACGCCCACGUCACCUCCGUCAUCACCAUCGCCGAGCCCUUCAUGGAGACCUCCCCCGACGUCUACGAUUUCCGGGACCAGACCAUCACCGACCGCGUGCGCGCGCUGAUCCCCGUCAUGAUCCGCGAGCGGCUCACGCCGCCCCCCGAGGAGACGUACAGUCUGCAUCGCAAGCUGAGCGGCGCGUUCUUGCUCUGCGCUAGGCUGGGGAGUAGGGUUCCUUGUAAGGAGUUGUUCCGGGAGGCGAUUCGGAGGGCGGAGGCGAAGGGGCUGAAUUGACGGGAUUUAGCGAGUGGUAGGGUUCUUGAAAACCUUGUCCGGGGGAUUUGCCUCGUUUUCGGUUGAGCAAGGAUAGAAGAUCUUUCAACUCUUGUAUAUUAGGAUAGAUGUUGUGUAUGAAUAUGG